AUGGACAGAAGAGACGAAGCUGGGACAGCUAGGAAUGACAAAGUUGUGAACUGCUUAUACCAGAAUCGUAAUGCACUUUUUAGGCUAGUUGGCUUUCCCUGGGCAGGAGGUGGCUCCAAUUAUUUUGCCAAAUGGGGCCAAGGUAUUCCUAAUUCAGUGGAAGUGCAUGCCAUAAGGCUUGCUGGGAGAGAAAGUCGGCUUGAAGAUCCUUUUCCAAGUGACAUCUACCAGAUGGUUGAUGAAAUUGCCUAUGCACUGCUGCGGGUCCUCCAGGGUGAAAAUUUUGCAUUUUUUGGCCACAGGUAUUUAACCUCUGUUUUGAAAGACAUUUGGGGGAGUUUCUUCCGUCACAAAUCUAUGGUUAAUGUUGUUCUUUGUGUCCUGUGGGACGCAUGCCUUUGUUUUGGUUACACUGCUUCACCACUGCUUGAAAGAACGAUUGAUUCACUAUGGUUAUAUAUCGGAUCUUAUGCUACUUUUAUGACUGUGCUACAUCUAAAAGAAAAAUAUAUGCUAGAACCGGUGCAUUUAUUUGUGUCAGGUAUAAGUGCUCCUCAUUCAAAGGCCAGACUUUGUUUUUCCGAAGAUCUGUCAGAAGAACAAAUUACCUGUCUCCUAGAGGAUUCGGGAGGCACUCCUGCGGAUUUUGUUGAUGACAAGCCAUUUUUACAACAAUUUCCCAAACUGGUGACAGAUAGUUGCAUUGCUAGUAAUCACAUUUUAGCCUGGGAAAAUGUAACCAGUGGAAGUUUUGAUAUUCGUGUGCUUCCAGGAUGCCACUUUUAUCUUUUGGAACCUUCCACCGAGAUCUUCAUCAAGAAUUACAUAACCAAGUCUCUAGAAGUAUCAGUGCUUCACUGUUGUUGGAUAUUUUCCCUCUAGGUCUUAAAAUAGUCCAAGUGGUUAUCUGAUACUCCUCUUCAGUUUUCAG